ACAGCGACAACUAUCCCCGCUGCUCCCUCAGCGUCGCCUCGCUCCUCCAAUAGCGACGGCUGGAGUCCACUCGCAAUCAUCGGCAUCGUCGCCUCGGUCAUGAUCCUCCUCCUCUGCGUACCCUUGAUCGCAAUAUGCCUCCGCCGUUACGAGAGGAAGAGUUGCAAGGAAAUGGUCAAGGACCCAGGAAGCCGAGGAAGCUCAAGAGGAAGUGACGGGCUCAGUCAUGUUCAGGAGGGUCAAAGCUUGAGGAGCAUCCUCGUGACCAAAGAGCUGCAGAGGGUGAGCUUGAAACUGAGUAAGCCUGAGGAAGCGUAUGUGCAUGGGAGAAAGUGGAGUGAGGCGGAGGUGCGAGGAGGCGAA